UUUGUUACAGACUAUGGAUCAAAAAAAGGAAAAGCAAUCGGGUAAACAUAAAAAAGACAGUAAAACAAGUUACCAUGUUGAUGGAAAACAAAAUAGUGAUACAUAUCAGGGAUUUCAAUCUAAAGAUCCGAUUGUUGCUAUUACAUUACCAGAAAAAAAGAGUCAUGGUUUAGAAGCCGGAGCACAUGGUUUAGAAAUUGAACAUCCAACAUCCUUUUUAGAAACGUUAAUGCAUUUAUUUAAAGGCAAUGUUGGAUCUGGAAUGUUUGCAAUGGGUGAUGCAUUUAAAAAUGCAGGUUUAAUAUUUGCUCCAAUCGUUACAUUAUUUUUAGGUGUUGUUUGUGUACAUAGUCAACAUCUUUUAUUAAGAGCAUCACAAGAAAUGAUGCGUAGAACCCAAUGUGAUUUAGCACCAGACUAUGCAGAAACAGUUGAAUUAACAUUCUCAACAGGACCACAAUCAAUGCGACGAUUUGCGCCAACCAUGAGGCGUUUAUGCAAUUUAUUUUUAUGUAUAACGCAGCUGGGAUUCUGUUGUGUUUAUUUUGUUUUUAUAUCAGAUAAUGUAGAACAGGUCGCCAAUCAUUUUGAUGUGAAAUUAUCCAACAAAUAUUGGAUGAUGAUUGCAUUAGUACCAAUUUUACUAAGUGCCUUAAUACGAAACUUAAAAUAUUUAACACCACUUUCAAUGGCAGCGAAUUGUUGUAUGAUUUCUGGUAUUAUAAUCACAUUUUAUUUUACUUCAUCUGGAUUACCACAUCCACGAGAACGAGACUAUGUUGCAUCGCCAGCACUAAUGCCAUUAUAUUUUGGUACAGCAAUAUUUGCUUUUGAAGGAAUCGGAUUAGUUUUACCACUACGAAAUGAAAUGAGAAAACCUGAUAAAUUUGGAACACCUUUAGGAGUUUUAAAUAUAGGAAUGUCAAUCGUAACUGUUUUACUAAUUUGCAUAGGAUUUAUGUCGUACUUAAAAUAUGGAGAUGACAUCAAAGGAAGUGUUACAUUAAACUUUGAGAAAGAUGGAAAUCAAAUGCUGGCACGAAUUGUGAUUAUAAUAAUCUCAUGUGGAGUUCUUCUGGGAUAUGCCUUACAAUUUUAUAUACCAAUUUCUAUUAUGUGGCCAGCUAUAACUGAAAAAUUUGGACCUUUUAAAUGGCCUGUUGUUGGUGAAUUAUGUUUUAGAACGAUUUGUGUUUUACUAACAUUUACGCUGGCUGAACUUAUACCAUUUUUGGAAUCAUUUAUAUCAUUGGUUGGAGCUGUAAGCAGCACAGCAUUGGCUUUAAUAUUUCCGCCAAUUUUAGAACUAGUUAUAAUUAGCCAAGCACAAACAAAAGACAGCCAUCGAUGGAUCAUUCUUAAAAAUGCAUUUAUUAUAAUUGUUGGAUUACUUGGAUUUGCGACUGGAACUUAUGCUAGUAUAGGACAAAUUAUGCAAAAAUAUCAAGAUCAAAAAGAUGAAUAACAAAAAACAAUUUUUGUUGUUUUGUAUAAAUAAAAGUAUUAA